CGGUUGAAGUUUCUGCUGAAUAUCCUUGAGCGAUUGGGCUAAAAACUUGAAAAGAUCGUGCCCUAAUUCUUACUUUGUUGAGAAGCAGAUUAUUCACCGAAACGCUCUUCUUCUUGCAUUGUUCUCGGCAUUUCUUCGGCUGGUUUGAAUACUUCUGAUACCACUUGUUGUAGGAAAGGUCAUUAGACUGGUUCAGAUGCUGUCUCUACGAAAGCUAGCCCAUCACAUUACUAGCGGUAAAUUUAGCUUAAGAUGGAUGGUUCUUCUUCCACAUCAACUUUAUACUCAGAAUAACUUUCAACAUCCCAAUCUUGUUCCCUCCUCAAAAUUUAUCCAUCCUUCACAAUCCUUUUCAACUACUCUUUUAGUUCAAGCUAGAGAUACAGGUAAAUUAUCCAUGGAUUUGGAAGCGGCUAUCGAUAGUAAUAAGUUUAUUGACGCAUGGAAAUUGCACGAACAACAUAUGCAAAUGGAAGGCUUUCCACGGAAGUACAUUGUUAACAAGGUUAUAGCAAGAUUUGCCGAAACCCUGGAUGUUGAAUGGCUUAACAAGGCUUAUGGAUUGGUAGAGCGUGCCUUUCAGGAAGGUAAGCAGAAUUUAUUGGAGAAAGAUUCUCUAAUUUAUCUAGCUCUCUGUUUAGCAAGAAGCGGUUUACCGGUUCCUGCAUCAACUGUCGUUAGAAUGUUAUUCAAACGUGAAGAAUUCCCUACUGUAGCCGCUUGGUCUGCAAUCUUGGCUCAAUUGUCACAAACUGCACCUGGAGCUUACCUAGCUGCUGAACUGGUUCUCGAGAUAAGUUAUAUUUUCCAAGACGGUAGGAUUGAUCCUCGUAAAAAGAUCAAUAAACCUUUGCUCGAUACGAAACCCAACACAACCGCCUUCAACGUCGCUCUUGCUGGCUGCACUCUGUUUGGUACGACUAGAAAAGCAGAGCAGCUUCUUGACAUGAUGCCUCGGAUUGGAGUUAAAGCUGAUGGUCCGUUGUUAAUCAUUAUGGCCCAGAUUUAUGAAAAGAACGGGAGAAAAGAAGAACUGAGGAAACUUAAGCGGCAUAUCGACGAAGCCCAUGAUCUGAGCGCUGUUCAGUUUCAGCAGUACUAUAAUUGCUUGCUUUCAUGCUUGUUGAAGUUUGGUGAUCUGGAAUCAGCGUCAAACAUGGUUCUAGAAAUGCUUUACAAGGCUAAAGAGGUGCAGAAUACCCUAGCCAUCGCGAAACUCGCGUUCCCCUCUAAGCCUCCGGAUAUGAGAAAGUCUAAAUUAGAUGAAAACCCGUUGUUAUCUUUUGACGAUUUUUGUGCAGACGGAAGCUGUUUAAAGUUAGAGGCCGAGGUUAAAAUCGUGCUAAGUGAAUUACUGUCAAAGCUGAAGAACCAGGUGGAGUUGAUCACGACAGAGCGUGGCAUACUUCAACCAACGGAGAAGAUUUUAGUUAAAAUGGCUAAGGCGUUUCUUGAAUCCAGGAAGGUGAAGGAAUUGGCUGAAUUUCUUAUAAAGGCGGAGAAAGCAGGUUCCCCAGUUUCGGUUGAUAGUUCUCCGUUGGUUCAUGUAAUCAACACGUGUAUUUCGCUCGGGUGGUUGGACGAAGCGCACGAUCUUCUCGACGAGAUGAGAUUUGCAGGCAUCAGAACGGGUUCCUCUGUAUACGGGUCUCUCCUAAAAGCGUAUUGUAAAGCAAACCGACCGAAAGAGAUUACUUCGCUCUUAAAGGAAGUUCGUAAGGCGGGAAUUCAGCUAGAUUCAAGCUGCUACGAGUCUCUUAUACAGUCCAAAGUCCUUCAUAAUGAUAAUCAAGCGGCUUUAAAUAUUUUCCAAGAAAUGAAAGAAUCCAAGAUACCGAGAUCCAUUCGUACAAAAACUGAAUCAGAGGAUGGAAAUGGGAUGAUGGGUAAACUCCUGGAGGAGAUCAAAGAGGGUCAAACUGUUGACAGCGGUGUUCAUGACUGGAACAACGUGAUCCAUUUCUUCUGUAAGAAGCAGAUGAUGGGAGAUGCGGAAAAGGCUCUGAAGAAGAUGAGGAGUUUGGGACACUUACCGAACGCUCAGACAUUUCAUUCGAUGGUGACUGGUUAUGCAGCCAUAGGGGGGAAGUACACGGAGGUGACGGAGCUUUGGGGUGAGAUGAAGAGCUUUAGUGGUGCGACAGGGAUGAAGUUCGAUCAGGAGCUGCUCGAUUCGGUUCUUUAUACGUUUGUGAGGGGCGGGUUCUUUGUGAGGGGGAAAGAAGUGGUGGAAAUGAUGGAGAAAGGGAAGAUGUUUAUAGAUAUGUAUAAGUAUAGAAGCUUAAUGAUGAAGUAUCAUAAGACCAUGUAUAAGGGAAAGGCUCCAAAGUUUCAGACCGAAGCUCAAAAUACAAAGAGGGAAGCUGCAUUGGCUUUCAAGAAAUGGGUUGGGUUGUGUUGAAUGGAUGAAUGAAUGAAUGAAUGAAUGAAUGAAGAAGCUGGCGUACGUACUUUGAAUAUACAGGUUUGAUUUUUGAAACUAUACUUGUAUAUUUCUCAUUGGGCUCAUUAUAACAUUAGUCUUGAUCUUAGGAUUAGGAAUUUGAUCCUAAGUUAUAAUGGUGGGAUCAUACAUAAGGUUUGAUAUAAUUAAUGACCAAGUUAAUUUCUA